AAAUUUCCAGUAUAAAAUAAGAGGUUGUAAGGCUCUAGUAUUCAGAGUCAAAUUUACUAUCAGAAAAAGUAUACCAUUAGUUCAAAAUGAUCGUUAAAAUAUUUUUGAUCGUCCUACUUUACAGUGCAUUUGCACAGGCUGCACCGAGGCCAGGCGAUUCAAUCUCAGAAGUUACAACUACUGCAGAAUCAUCGGAAGAGAAUUCAAAUUCGGAACCUGGAAAUGAUAAUACUGAAGAAGAUACGGAAGAAGUAACAGAAGAAGAUUCUGCCGAUACAGAAGAGUCAGACGAAGAUACGGCAGAAAAUACCGAAGAAAAAUCCAAACGCGAAAUUGAAGAAGAUACCCAAAAAACUACUGCAGAAUCUGCUAUCACUUUCAAGAUCAAUGAUAGUCGAGAACAAAUCAGAGGGAGAAAAUGAAAAUCGAAGACAAGGAACAAGGAAUCCACUAAAUGAAGCAUAACUUCGAUGCUGAGUAGUUGCAGAAAAAACAGUUUAAAAAUGAGAUUCAAAUAAUUAAGCUCUAUUGUUAUCUUCCAGUUUACAGAAUGGUAGAAAAAUAAAAUAUAUUCAUUUACAGUAA